CCGGUAGAUUGAUUCUGUCUCUUUCUUCAUUUGGUUCGUAUCGAUAUCGAUGCGGUAUUCGUUUAACUUCGGAUUGCUUUACAUUUAUUGCAAAUAAAAGUGUGAUUAAAAGUUUGAAUUCAUUGGUGUUUAGUGAUAUCAAACAAUUAAAAUGGCCAAGAAAAGAACAGAAGAGAGAAAUGAUGAAAAUGUAGAUGGUGAAGAGCCCUGUUUUGAUGAUCCAGAAGAUUUUGUUGAUGACAUAUCAGAUCAAGAACUGUUGGGUGAUCUGUUAAAGCAACGACCAAGUGAAACCGAUGGUGUUGAAAAUGUUGUAAUUGUUGACAACAUACCAAAAGUUGAUCCGUCGCGUCAAGAAAAAUUGAAAACCGUCAUUCACAAGCUAUUCUCAACUUGCGGUGAAGUCACCAACACUUUCUAUCCCCUUGAUGAUGAAGGCAAUACGAAAGGCUACUGCUUUUUAGAAUAUAAAAAUGCUGAAAAUGCCGAAGAAGCUGUAAAAACUCUGCACAACCAUCGUUUGGAUCGUAAAUUUACAUUUGCUGUGAAUUUAUUUACCGAUUUUCAAAAGUACGAGCAUAUACCAGAGAACUGGACUCCACCAACACCUCAACCGUAUAAAGUUCAAAGCGAUUUGUAUACAUUUUUAACUGAACAAGAUGCUUAUGAUCAAUAUUGUGUAGCUGCUGAAGGCCCACAGAAUGGAGUGCAAGUGCAAUUUUGGCAAAACACGUUACCCGAACCAACAAUCUUGGAAACUAGAGAACGAUUCACCGAUACGUUUGUAAAAUGGUCACCUCUUGGCACGUACAUUGUGACUUUCCACAAACAGGGUGUUGCCAUUUGGGGUGGUUCAACGUUUACACGAAUCAAUAAAUUUCCCCAAGCUGGUACACAAUUUGUUGAUUUUUCGCCUUGCGAAAAAUACUUGGUAACAUAUGGUCCAACGGCAACUGGCCAAAAGAUUAUUAUUUGGGAUAUUCGUACCGGUCAAGAAAAGCGUUCAUUUGUUUCUGAGGGAAGUGCCAGCAAUAUGUCAAUGUUCCGCUGGUCUCAUGAUGACCGUUAUGUGGCUCGUAUGGGCGAUGAAGCCAUUCAUAUUUAUGAAACGCCUAGUUUUUAUUUACUGGAUAUGAAAUCGAUUAAAAUCCCGAAAUUGCGAAAUUUCAGCUGGUCACCAACGGAUAACAUCAUUGCAUACUGGGUGGCAGAACAAACAGAUGUUCCAGCCAAAGUGACACUGAUGAAAAUACCGAGACUUGAGGAAAUCCGUAAUAAAAAUUUAUUCAAUGUAGCUGAUUGCAAAAUUCAUUGGCAAAAGAGUGGUGACUAUUUGUGUGUAAAGGUCGAUCGUUUUUCAAAAUCAAGAAAGGACAAAAAAGAUUCCGAUGUCAAAUUUUUGGGCAUGUUCUACAACUUUGAAAUAUUCCAUAUGCGCGAAAAGGAUAUUCCAGUCGAUUCAGUUGAAAUCAAGGAGAUGAUUUUGGCAUUCGCAUGGGAACCAAUUGGUACCAAGUUCUCCAUCAUUCAUGGCGAAUCAAGCAGUGCCAACGUUAGUUUCUAUGAAGUAAAAAAAGGCCAAAAAAUAAGUUUGGUUAAAAAAUUGGACAAAAAACAAUGCAGUCAUCUAUUUUGGUCUCCACGCGGUUCAUUCAUUGUAUUAGCUAAUUUAACGAUGGGCACCUUUGAAUUCGUUGACACCAAUAAUGAUUUCAUUGUUAUGAAUUCCUGCGAUCAUUUUCGUGCUUCGGACGUUGAAUGGGAUCCAACUGGAAGGUAUUGUGUAACUGGCGUCAGCGCAUGGAAGGUUAAGGAAGAUAACGGCUAUAAUAUGUGGUCAUUCCAAGGAAAAAUCAUGAAACGCGUAAUGCUGAAAAACUUUGUUCAAUAUUUAUGGCGACCACGACCACCAACGCUGCUUACCGAACAGCAGCAAAAGGAAAUCAAAAAGAACCUCAAAAAGUACUAUCCACAAUUUGAGCAAAAGGAUCGCUUACGCAUGACACGUGCAUCAAAAGAGUUGCUCGAGAAACGAGCCACAUUGCGUGAACAAUUCAUGGAAUAUCGUAACAAACGGAUUGAAGAAUGGAAAGAGCAAAAACAAUCCAGAAUGGCAUUACGUAGCCAUUUGGACACAGAUGAAUUAAAUCGUGACGAACUUGAAGAAGAAAUUGUUGAAGUUUUGAUUAAAGAAGAGACAACUAUCAUCGAAUAAACGCUAGUAGAACAAUAUCUCGAAAAUUGAACGUCACAAAUCGAAAACAAAUCGGCGUUUUGCAUUCAGAGCGAUUUGAACUAUAAUUUAAUCUAUGCGUUAUUGUGUGAAAAAGAAAAGCCUCUUAAAAUUCAAAAGAUAAAUAAAGGACAAUUAAAAAAAAAAAUACAAUAGGUAAUCACAAAUCAAGUUUAAUUCAAUUUGUUACACAUUAAACGUGUAGGAGACGACUUUUUUCAUAAGACCAUUUCAACAUUUCACCAUUUAUUGAAUUUUAAUCCAUUUUUUUUAAUUAUUUUUUUUGGGAAAUACAGUCGACUCAUUACAACCGCUCCAUUAUAAAUACAAUAAUAAAGCAACAUACAAAAACAAGAUUGACAUUAAA